GUCCAGGCUGAGGUUCUCCUCCAGUAAAAUCACGCCGGUCCUGAGCGCGAGUGAAGCGCACGACAGGAUCUUGUACUCCGUCAGGGAGGGCAGCGCUGUCGCUGGCACCCUGUCGCUGGCUGCUAUGGAAUCCUUCAUCCAGAAGCAGGAGAAGCUGCUAGAGGCAGGUCGCAGCAAAGCUCCCGAAGGCGAGGGAGGCAGAGAAGCGAAGGAGAGCUCCCCGCAGGAGGAUACGGAUGGGAUGGGCCCAUCGGAGCGGGGGCCGCGUCUGGACACGGACUCUGAUGUAGUUCAUCCGUCUUCCUGCGGAGGCUCGGACCUGCCACACGAUGGCAGCCUGCAGACACCGACCGGAGUCUUGUGCCUGCAAAACUGCCCCUUGGCGGAGGACUCUGAGACAGCUUUGGCUGACCUGGCCCUGGACGUGCUUCGUCUGCUGCUGAUGGAUCACUGGAGCUGGCUGUGCACAGAGAACACGCACAAGGUUUUGCACCUGCUCUUUGGGACCCUCAUUCAAAGGUGGCUGGAAGUCCAGGUGGUUAACCUGACCUGCACCCAGCGUUGGGUCCAGUACCUCCAGUUGCUACAAGAAUCCAUCUGGCCUGGAGGAGUUUUACCAGCAGUGCCUAAACCAGCCAGGACCGAGGAGCAGAAGAAAGCAACGGCAGAGCAGGCCCUGCAGAGCCUGAUGGGGAUCUUGCCUAAUGUCGUCCAAGAGAUCCUUGGAACCAGUAAAUGUCAGAUGAGCUGGAACCUGGUACUGGAGUCCCUGGGCCAGCCUGUGAUCAACAGGCACCUGGUUUUCUGCCUCUUGGACGUUCUGCUGGAGUUCUUGGUUCUGAAGGGCUCCAGCGAUGAGCUUGAGACCGCAGCUGCCGCGCCGUCUGCUCCUAGUGGCCUGGACAAAGCAGGCAUUUCAGCGCAUUAACCAGGGCUGGUGUAGCCAGCAGUGGAGGAGAGCAGCAGCCACAGGCAUGGGAUAAUUUGAUUUUUUUUUAGUGUUUACUGAACAUGUCUGGGAUCUUCUUAUAAAGAAUUUUUCCAGCCAGUGCUAAAUGAGGCUGCUUCCAGGCAUCUCUGCUUCGGCUGGG